AUGGGAAGCAACGCUAAGAAUGAACCCAAGGUUCCAGAAGGCUGGACAGCUCGUUAUGAUGACCAAUAUAAAACUUGGUUCUAUGUCGAUUUGAAAACGAAAAAGUCUCAAUGGGAUGCCCCAGAAGGCACUACAUUCUCCGACGACGGAAUCAAACCACCUCCUUACAGUCCGGACAGCAAGAAGGGCGGCAAUGAGUCCAAUUCUCGAGGUAAUGUGGCCUCGCAGCCAAAUUACAACCAGGGCGGCCACGGCGGCUAUCAACAACAGGGGUACGGUGGUUAUCCACAACAAGGAGGAUACCCACAGCAAGGAUACGGAGGCUACCCUCAACAGGGCGGAUAUCCACCACAAGGAUAUGGUGGGUACCCUCCACAGGGAUAUGGCGGCGGUUAUCCUCAACAAGGAUAUGGUGGGUACCCCCCACAAGGCUACCAGCAAUACCCUCAGCAACAGCAGUAUGGAAGAAAGCCUGGAGGAGGUAUGGGAAUGGGUGGUGGAAUGGCCUUGGGAGCAGGUGCGGGUCUUUUAGGAGGUUUGGCGCUUGGUAGUGCCAUUGAUCAUGGCCAAGAAGAGGCUUAUCAAGACGGAUACAUGGAUGGAGCUGGUGGAGGAGAUGACUUUGGUGGCGGAGACUUUGGUGGCGGGGACUUCUAA